GAGCCAGACUCACUUCAAGUUUUCGUCAUUUCUGCUUGCGUUGCACACACACUCCACUUUUUCUGACACGACAGCUGUGAUUAAACGUGUUGGUUUUGUGUGAAUCUCAUCAUUGAUUUUUUUUUCUAAAACCUCCUGACUGUUUAAAUCUGGCAAUCAUUUGCUGGAGACGAUGUCGUCAAAAUUGGAGAUUAACCUUCAGAGGUUAUUGUCAAGAUGUGAAUCGAUGGCCGGAGAACAGAAUCAUGGUGAUUGGAGGUUGGAGAAGUUUGUUGGUGCACUUCAAGAGAAACUUGCAGAGCUGAAAAGAUCACCUAGUUUGCCAAGUGAAGAAGCUCUGAUUGAAUAUAAUAAGAAGAUUGAAUUCUUGAAAGGACUUAUUCAAACGCAGAAAUUGUCUUCUGCCAGUGAGAAAGCCAUGGCAACCCAACUCCUAGCUCCAGCCCUUCACUCAUCAAUCCUAACCUCAUCAGAAUCUAAGUCUAACGUCAAUCCACCCUCAACAUCCUCUAAAGAGCUACAUCUACAAGCAACGUCAAGAUAUGCAAAUGAGAUGAGACGAGAACUCUUGGGAGAGCCUGAUGAUGCGGCUGAGAAUGGAGUUAGACAUAGAAGAUUACAUGAUCUUGAGGAUAAGGCAUCCUCAGAAGAUCUUGACGUUGUCUUGCAACAUCAUCAUAGCAUGCAGGAGAAGUUAGCUGAGGAGAUGUUAUCACUUACAAGAAGUCUUAAACAUAAUACAGUAGUAGCCAGUAAUAUCAUCAAAGAUGAUAACAGGAGGCUUGGUGAGACGGUUCAGCUAGCAGACAGUAACUACAGCAGACUGAAAGUAGAGAGUGAGCGAUUACAGCAGCAUACACAACGAGCUUGUAACUGGUGGUUAUGGGCAAGUCUUCUCUGCGUUACUAUCAUCUUCUUAUGGAUGAUCGUCUUUAUAAGAUUCUUCCCUAAGCUUAGGUAACCCCGCCUUGCCUACCAAUGACUGCCAUUUUAUUCAUGUUGAAGCUGGCCUGCUACUAGCAGCCAUGUCCUCCAACUUGCGUUACCUCUGCCUCCAACUUCCUCAAGUGUUGCAUUCUAUGCGUGUACUACUCAAAAGCUUGGCUGAGAUUUCAAACUUGGUACAAUUUUCACAGCACUGAUUAUCAUAAGCGCAAAUUGUACACUUAGCAGAGGAUUUCAUUAUUUUAAAACAUAUUUUACUAGUAUGGAAGGAAAGUGUGCUAGUGUUUUCAAUGUUGUAAAGAUUCUUUGCUUAUAGUUGGCCAAGAAUGAUGAUUGUACAAGUAACUGUAACAGUGCUUUGAAAUGGGGUCCAAGUCACAUCUACCUGCCAUUUCCUUAUAGUGGGUGCGUUCGAUUAGCUUCCCUGGGUCUACCCCGCGGUGCUCACUCGGGUGGGCCCCCUGACAAGAGCU